AAACCUAUCCGGUCACGUGGCCCCGUUGCUAUGGAAAUCAUCUGUCUCUACCACCUUGCCAAACAAAAUGGAGAAAGACGGCGUUAAAGCGGAUUUAGACGGAACUCUAGAUGAAUUUCUUACUUACGACGACUAUUUAGACUCUAAGAUAACGCCGUUAGACCUUUAUUACCUCGAGGAUGAGAAGUUGGCUCGCCAGGUGGUGGAGCUGGGCCUCAGGGGCACUGGCGAGGUCUUGAAGAGAGAGGAAUUCGAGAGCAGGAAAGCAGCUGCUCAGGCCUCCAGGCUCUCCAAACGGAGUGAGCAAAAGACCCUGGCAAGUGCAGGAAAAGAACUCAAAGACAACUUCCUGAGAGCCCUGGCCGAGCGUGAAGAGGCCAACCGCAGUGGGAAAAAUCAUUCUAUAAUUUUCAUAAGGGACCACAACGCAUGUGGACAGGAAAUAUCUGGUUAUAUAGACUACACCCACAGACUUAAAUGUGAAGACUUUGAACCAUAUUUCAGUGGGAAAAAAAGACUUUUGCCACAAUCAACUGACUUGAGUUUCUACAACUGGAAAACAAAUGAAGUAGUCUCGAAUGACAGUGCAAACUACCAGGUGAUUACGAACAACUCAGCUGGCGUAAUCUUCAUGAAUAAGAAGGAUCGAAAUAGUGUGAAUGUUGACCCACAGGCAUCACCUUGUGAAAACUCUCCCAGAGUGUACCUGAAGUCUGAUAUCUAUCAUCACGUUGCCAUCUUUGACCAUUAUAUCAAGUGUAUAAUCUGAUAUGCAAUGUGUGUACUGUUUAUUCCGUACACACUUUAAAAUCCACACUUUAAAUGGCUUGAAGAACAAUUGGUUUUCAGGUAUUUAGUGGUAAUUGUAUUUUUUUUUUUCAACUUUUCAUUACAUUAGCCUAGCUUUAGCUGGUUUAAUUGUUUGUUCUAAACAAAUGUGUAGCAAUAAACAAUUCUGCAGCUU